AAUUUAAAUUUUAAACAUAAACAGGUAAUUGUGAAUAUAUUUUAAUAGAAGCUAUACAUAUUUGAUGAUGUUAUACCUGUCUCUGCUGCUACCAAAAGGCACUCUGCAUCUCAUAACAAGGUGAGUGGUUUUAUCGAUGAUAUUUGUUUGGAAUAUUUAUUGAAUUUGAGUAAUUGUUGAAUUUGUUGUAUGAUUGUUAUAUUGUGCUGCUUAGACUUUUUUACAUAAUUAUUCAUGUAAGUUUCAUGUUUAAAAAAAUAGACUAAUAAUAAUGUCUUCCUAACUGACUUGACAAAAAAAACAUUUUUUAUAUUUGUGUGCAAACUACUAUAGUUUUAAAAAUCAGCUGUUAAGGAUUUCGUAUGGGUAAUGACUUUUCAAGAUUUUGAAUCAUAUUCACCCAAAAGGAUUUUGAAUCAGAUUUGUUGGGUGAACCAAUUUUGCAGUCGUUGACUGGUUUUCAUUAGGACAUCUUCUUACUUGCCGGCACAUUCAGAUUUUUAAAAUUUCACGAACUGUAACACUUAAAUCCCAAUAUGUAUAGGUUAAUAUUGAUUCGAUAUUUCACAAUUGAUACUAUUAAAUAA